AACAGUCACACAUGUUCCCUGAGGGUAGUUUUUGUUUAGACUAAUAGUUAUUUCAUAGCAUAAUUCAUUAAACAGUAUAUGAGUGAUCGUAUCUAUUAAUAUUGUUAUUAAUGCUGAUACAUUAAACCAGAAAGAAAAUCCUUUACUUUUAAAGAAUUGUAGCAAUGGUUAAGAGAAAGACAUUCCUUUUGCCCAUUGUGUCUUAGGAAUUAUAAAUAAUGACUUUAAUGAAAGAAAUUAGAUCCAUAAUAUAUAGUAAGGUGGAUAAAAAUCAUUUUUAUUAUGUAUAGACAGCUUUCUGUGAUGUAAAUUUAUUGUUGCAUUAAUGUUGCCUCUAUAUAAAAAUUCUGUUGGGGGAGUUUAAGCAGGGACAGAUGAAAACAAUGUCAACUGAAAGGAGAAAAAUAACAGUUCUGAUCUCACCUCUGCUGUUUAUAUGCCUCAAAGCCUUGGGCAAAUGAUUUAAGUUUUUGCCUUAGUUUCCCAAUCCAUAGAAUGGGGAUGCUUUCUAUUGCUCUCUUUCUCAUAGGAGUAUGGAAAGUAUCAAAUUGAAGGUGUAGGUAAUUAUUAAUAAUAAAUAACAAUAAAAUUAAAAAGCAGUCAUCUGGGGAUCUGAUUGCUAACUUUCUCCACCAGUGCCUCACUAACUGACCCUGAGCAAAUCAAUAUUUCCUCUAAGUGUCAGAUCUUUUAUCUUGCAGUAAAAUAAUAAAUAUACAAAUCCCAUUCUUGUGGAUAUAUUCAGUAUCUAUUCAGUGUAGUUAAAUAUCAUUAAUGUGUAUAUUAUACAUUAUAUAUAUCAGAAGAACUGAGUAAUAGUUUUAAGGCAUUUUGCAAAUACAAAGAUUCAAAGUAGUUUCAUGUGUAGGCUAUUUCAGUGAAGUACAUUUAUCCUUAUUGUCUUCACCCUUCACCAAGAAUGUGUAGAUUGAAAUGGAAUGAGGUUUUACCUAGAGAAAUUUUUUUUUAAGUUCUUCACUCUUUUUUAAAAAUUUAUUUAUUUUUUAAAGUUUUUUAAAAUUUUAUUUUUGUCUGCCUUGGGUCUUCAUUGCUGCGCACGGGCUUUCUCAAGUUGCAGCGAGCAGGAGCUACUCUUCGUUGUGGUGCACGGGCCUCUCAUUGCGGUGGCUUCUCUUGUUGCAGAGCAUGGGCUCUAGUUGCGCAGCCUUCAGUAGUUGUGGCACGCAGGCUCAGUAGUUUGUGGCCCACGGGCUUAGUUGCUGUGUGGCAUGUGGGAUCUUCCUGGACCAGGGAUUGAACCCGUGUCCCCUGCACUGGCAGGCGGAUUCUUUUUUUUUUGGCGGUAAAUGGGCCUCUCACUGUUGUGGCCUCUCCCGUUGCGGAGCACAGGCUCCGGACAUGCAGGCCCAGCGGCCAUGGCCCACAGGCCCAGCCGCUCAGCGGCAUGUGGGAUCUUCCCGGACCGGGGCACGAACCCGUGUCCCCUGCAUCAGCAGGUGGACUCUCAACCACUGCACCACCAGGGAAGCCCCAGGCGGAUUCUUAACCACUGUGCCGAAGUCCCAAUUUUUUACUUAUAUGAGAAAAUUAUUAACAUUGAUGUUUGUCUAACAUUAGAUUGGGCUACAGAUAUGAUUAGUGUUGUCUCUUUCUGUUUUUGUGUUUGGAUGAAAAGUUAAUUCCUGUUUAAAGUGAAAGAGAAGAACGUUUUUUUUUUUUUUUUUUGCGGUACGCGGGCCUCUCACUGCUGUGGCCUCUCCUGUUGUAGAGCACAGGCUCCAGACGCGCAGGCUCAGCGGCCAUGGCUCACGGGCCCAGCCACUCCGCGGCAUGCCGGAUCCUCCUGGAGCGGGGCACAAACCCGCGUCCCCCUCAUCAGCAGGCGGACUCCCAACCAGUGUGCCACCAGGGAAGCCCGGAAGAAGAACCUUUUUUAUCACUGAUAUUUCCAUGAAUGCAGAAAGGUUAUUAACGGCUCAUUGGAUACAUGGUGCAUUUGCUGGAGUUGGCAGUAACUUUCAUUGAGAGAUUAGAAGAUCAUCUUGAAAUAAUUAGAAAUAUCCCUCAUUUAGAUGAAAAUCUAAAGAAAAUGAGCACAGCCUUAGCAGAGAUGGAUAUUUUGGUGGCUGAGACAGCAGAACUGGCAGAGAAUAUACUCAAGUGGCGAGAACAACAGAAGGAAAUUUCCUCUUGUAUCCCCAGAAUAUUAGCUGAAGAAAAUUUUCUUCAUAAAUAUGAUGUUACAGUGCCUCCUUAACCUUUUAUUUCUAAAAUUAAUGUUCAAACUAUUAAUGAAAAGUAAUUAUCAACUUUUUAUUUUUGUUUAAUUAUAUGUAGUCAGGUGAAAUCCAUUUCUAGUCAAUUAUAACAUGGGUAUUUAUAGACUUUGCCACUAGCAAUACUGAAAGAGCCCUCUUUAUAUUGAAAUACCGAGAUUCCAAGUUCAUUAAGACAAAACUGAGUUUUCCUUUGUUUUUCACGUAUUUUCAUUCCACUUUUCAAUAAAACUCAAAUACAACUAUAAUUAACGUGAGUGCAUUAACCAUA